AUGCCGCAGAAAUCUCGUUCCAAGAAGGAUCAUCGUGUGUUGCUACUGACCAUUGACGACAUUCUCGUACAAAACCGCAACAUUUUGCCUGACUCAUACGGAGAGAAACGAUUCACUUCAAAUGCGAAGAUGCUCCGGACACUCGUUGUCGCUCUUUUGCUGCCUGAAGUUACCUUUGGUAUACUCAACGGGCUUUCUGUUAGUCCCUCGGAAACUCGAUCCCUAGUGAAGCUCUCACCGACAUUUUCAUUCUAUGCUCCAGAUGAGUUCGCUGUCUGUGGAGGAGUUUUGAUAUCGCAAACAGUUGUGCUCACCGCUGCUCACUGUGUGAUGGAGGAGAAGGAGUAUAGUCCCCUGGUCGAUGUAACAAUGAUAGAUUAUCAUCCAGAGGCUCCUGAGAAGAAAAAAUUGGCGCCUUCGGAAUUCAUAGAAGUUUUUAGCGGAUUCGAUGACAAUGUACGCGGUGAUAAAGACGUUGGCUUCGUUUUUAUACCUAAAACCUGGAAAUGUCGUAAUUCUUCUGGUCCGCACGUAGCGCGAUUACCUCCUCAGAUCCUUCAGAAGGCUGGGCUCAAAGCUAAGGAGAAGCCUAUUACUGAUAAAGAGAUAGAGAAGGCUGAGUGUUAUGCCCUAGGAUGGGGAAUGACAGAAGAUGAAGGAUAUGCGACGAAACCUCAACGAAUCUACCUCCAUGUAGAAAGAGAUAUUUAUAUCGGGUUAUUAGGUUAUCCAGUCAAUUCUACUAAAGCCUGUCAGGGCGACUCAGGCAGCCCCGUUUAUUGCUCCAUACGUGGUAGAAAGUACUUGAUUGGUGUGAUGACCGAUGUUGGAGCAUUCAGUCCAGUUGAACUUGGGCGUGACGACAAUAUUAACUGCGAGAAAUACGAGUUCGUGAUCAUUGCUGAUAUUCGAGCUAGUGCACAGAAAAUCAUCGACAUUCUGAAGACAAGAAAUGAAGUGGAUCGAAUGCUUGAAUCGCAGAAAAACUGUGUCGAAGAAAUGUGAUUGAUUCCAGCCUUUCCAUGCCUU